AUGCCACUGGUGAAGAGGAAUAUCGAGCCCCGGCACUUGUGCCGGGGGGCUCUUCCCGAUGGGGUGACAAGUGAGCUGGAGUGUGUCACCAACAGCACGCUGGCUGCCAUCAUCAAGCAGCUGGGCAGUCUCAGCAGGCACGCGGAGGACAUCUUCGGCGAGCUCUUCAAUGAAGCCAACAGUUUCUACAUGCGGAUGAACUCGCUGCAGGAGAGGGUGGACCUGCUGGUCAUCAAGGUGACGCAGCUGGACUCUACCGUGGAGGAAGUUUCGCUGCAGGAUAUCAACAUGCGGAAAGCCUUCAAGAGCUCCACAGUGCAGAACCAGCAGGUUGUGUCCCGCAACUCCAUCCCCAACCCAGUGAUGGAGAUGUACCAGCGCUGCGACAAGCCUCCACCACUCAACAUCCUCACACCCUACAGGGAUGACAAAAAGGAUAGCCUCAAGUUCUACACUGACCCCUCUUACUUCUUCAACUUAUGGAAGGAGAAGAUGUUGCAGGCGACAGAAGAUAAGAGAAAGGAGAAGCGCAGGCAGAAGGAGCAGCGGCUGGUGGAAGACUCCACGCGGGAGGUGAAGAAAGUGAGGAAAGCCCGCAACCGGCGCCUGGAGUGGAACAUGAUGGCGUAUGAUAAAGAGUUCCGACCCGAUAACAGGUUCUCACCAUCCCCCUAUCACAUGGCGUCAUCGGAAGGAUCACUGUCCCCAGAUAAUAG